AUGGUAAACCCGCCACCUGAAGGUCUUCUCGCAUGGUUGGAACAUCCAUAUCCUGCAGCACCUAUUAAAGACCUACCCCGCGAGAGCAUAGAGACGCAUUUUGUCGCAGACGAGCAACACAACCAGGGCUCUGGAAUAGCAUCAGAUACACGGAAUUCUCUAGAUGAUUUAUUGCAGAGCUAUUCCUCAGCUAACAAUGAAUUUCCAGAGGCUAUUGCUCUGCCCAAGUCCCUUGCGGAAUCGUCCACAUCCACUGGUGAGCCAUACAUCGAACAGCAGAGUAAUGAUCACAGAGAGGAAGAUGACGCACUGAGAACUUCAUUGGAGGUGUGUCUCGAACCGAAGUUUUCUGUGGUUCCCUCAGACAUUCCACUGCCAAAGUCGAGACCGUCAUCUCCGGGCCAAUAUCGAGAAGAAUUACCACUUGUUCUAAGUGGAACUGGCCCUCUAAAGGAAAAAGGAAGGGUUUUGAGCCCAUACAAGACGGUCAUUGAAAGUGCAGGACAUGUGUUGGAUCAUAUAAAAGACGGAAAUAUUGUUAAAGAGUCCCGACACAACCGGACUUCAAUUACCUUCUACGACUAUAUCAACAACGUUGAGGCCAUUCCGCGAAAAAUCUUUGACGUUGAAAAUAUUGUGCCUCUUAGCUACGCCCCACCGGAAGUAAAACAGCGUCUGAUUCUUGUGGAAGAUAUUUCCAAACCUACGAUCGAUGCCCUGGGUGAAACCUUCAGCAUCAAUCCAGAAUUCUUUGAAGAGCAUCUGCUGAAUUCAGGUUAUGCCGGUGCAGAAUAUGACCAGCCAUCGACCCAAACAUGGAAGACCAGAUCACUUGAGAAGUCUUAUAUGUCAUUGAAGUGGAUCCGGCCUGUAUACCGGCUGCCCACAUACUUUUCAAACCGUGACCUAGAGGAUCUGCUCGAAGAUAGCACAGAGCAUUUUACCCGCCAUGGAAAUGUUAAAACGCGAGUGGUCACAAAUAUCUUCAGGUCUGAUUGGAGUUUGUCAGCGGAUCCUGCAAAAACAGUGCGGAUGAAAAGAGAAUGUGGCUUAGAGGAGAGAAUUUCAGUUUGGAAAGGGAAGCUCAUGAAUCAAGCCUGUGAUGUCGUGAUCGUCCUUCUUGACCCGUUGCCGAAGAUAACCGAGAGCCAUCGAUUUUGGACUCCAAACAAUCGUCGGGGAAUAGGCGAUGAUUCUGGAUAUGACUUCUUGCAAGAGUCAUUCAUAGCAGAUAGUGAUGAUAUGGAAGAUGGUCUCCAUUAUUUAUUUGAUGAAGAACCGCGGCGUGUAAGGGAUAACCGCAGAUCUGUUGAGUGGGAUGACAAGUCACAGCAUAAAGUCAUAGUUGAGCAUAUUGCGCCUCGGCGAGCAGUAAUAGUCGAUCUUGAUACAGUCUUUCGAACACCAAGGUCAACCAUGAAAUUUGGGAAGGAACUAAACGAAACUAAGUCUACUCAGACAGAGAUCUGCGAAGGGCUCAGAUUCUCCGAAGGAUCGAUUAGCUUGAUCAAACCGUUGUUCCAUAUCAUCAAGCAAGAUACGCUGACUCUCCUCAAUCAGCUAUGCCGAAUACUUGACGAAGUGGAAGUUGAAAUUUUAGAUGAUACAAAGAUGGAGAAUCGAUUAGCUUUAUGGCGUCGGCUCAUCGGUCGCGCACAACGAGAGCUACCAGAACUCAAAGCCUCCCUGGGCCCUUUUUUGGCCUUUUUAGAUACUAUUCAGUCUCCGAGUGCUACCGAUAAUUGUGCAGCGACCAAAUCAGAGGUAAAAGAGGAUCUGCGGAAGCUUUCAACAGAAAUCGAUGGAAUUGUCGAUCGACUUCGGAGAACUUCAACAUACUUAACUUCCAAUAUUGGUCUUUUAGACAGUCGACGCUCGAUCGACGAAACUCGUGCUGUGACAAGACUCACUGAGCUCGCAUUUGUCUUCAUUCCAUUGUCAUUCGCUACGUCUUUUUUGGCAUGCAAGUCGAGCCCUUUGCCAAUCCAGUUCCUAUCUGGAAAUUCUUCGCUGUUGCAAUUGGAGUGA